AUGUUAUUUAUAUGUUCUUGCUAGAGAUGAAUCUUAGUCAGUUGUAGCUAGCACACGAGUGAAUAGACAUGGAAAACAACGGUGAACCACCAGCUAUCAUUGAGUUCGAUGAUAUGAUAUUACCACCUUUCCCUCCGUUACUUGAAGAUGCCAAGAAAAGGUUUCAAGAAAUGCGGAAUCUAGAAUGCAGAAAAGAUGACGUCAUACUAGCUACGUAUCCAAAGUCAGGUACUCACUGGGUUUGGGAAAUUGUCUGCAUGUUACUCAAAAACAAAGCCGAAUAUUCGAAGGAAACCAAAGAGUUUUUGUUUUUGGAAGCCGUACCAGACAUAAGCAUCGUGGACAACGUUUCCUCUCCAAGGCCACUUAAUACGCAUGCUCCCUACAGAUGGCUCCCAAAACAGCACAUAGAAAAUGGCGGAAAGAUUAUCCACGUCCUGAGGAAUCCCAAAGAUGUUGUUGUGUCUUUGUAUCAUCAUUUUGACAAUGCUAAAGAAUUUGGAGAAGUUCCCUACUUCAAAACAUUCUGUGAAAAUAUGUACAAUGGAUCAGGUCAAGUUAUGGGCGGCUGGUUUGCGUAUGAAAAGGAAUUCGAACAAGCAGAGGCAAACGAUACCUGUAGUGCUAUUUUCACAGUACAGUAUGAGAGUUUGAAAAAGAAUACAAUACAAGAGAUUAACCGACUAGCCAGAUAUUUGGACGUUGAUGUAAACGACGAAGUUGUAACUGAAAUAGCUGAUAAAUGUAGCUUCAAGAAACUCAAAGAAGCCAAUGCAACAUUGAAAGAUCAUUCAAAUGUCUCAAAAUUGCAUCCUAAAGCUGAACAAUUUGCUCUCAAAGUAUAUAGAAAAGGGGAAAUUGGCGAUUGGAAGAACCAUUUUACGGUAGCUAUGAAUGAACAGUUUGACUCAAAGUUCCAGGAAGAAAUGAAAGAUUCUAAAAUCCGAGUACAAUAUGAAUGAAUAAAUGUGUUGCAUUGUAUCGUUCGAAUUAAAGCUAUUGUGAAAAGAUUCAGGCAAAUUUCAUCAAUUUUAAAAAGAAGACAAAAUGUAGCAUUUGACGAAGUUUAGAAUUUCACAUUGUGA